AACUGAUAUAGGUUACCGGGCACCGGCUACCUAUAUGGGUAGUUACAUGUACAUUGUACAUCAUAUCAUUAUAUUAUCGUCAUCACACGCGUCCAAAGGCGUAAGCAGCUGCAAUAUGUUCGAUUUUUUUCCCUAUUAUACACAGCACUCAUUAUUACAAUAACCGUCGUCGUCAUCGUCGUCCGCGUACGAAUAUCAAGGAGGCAGCUGCUGUUUCGUUUCCGUCUCUCGUCCACCAAACGGUUUUAGUCUAGUUCCUGUGUCGGAACCAAACCGUCAACCGCCACUAUACGCGCGUGAACCAUAUACAGCAAAUAUCUGUAUAGGCUAUAGCCGUAAUACAUUUUUUUAAAUAUUUUACCGAUAUAGAUACUCAAUUUGAAAUAUUUAUUUUUAUAAUAUUUUAGUAAAAUUAAAACGUUUACAUAGUAUAGGUACCGCGUACGAUGUGUAUGUUGCUGUAGACGAUAUAAUAUUAUAGCUGCGGUUAUAUAGCACUGUUAACAUCGAGUAUCUUACUAUGUUCAUAAACUACAAUAACAGAUUAUUCAGCCACAAAAAAAUGUAUUGAUUCUAAGUCAUCGCCUCAAAAACGACAUAACAAACAUUUCAUCAUUUUAACGUUUUAACGUUUUCUUGACAUAAGUGGGAAUGACUACGGAAGGAUUUAAAUCGAAGGAAAUUAUUUUGCAAGCCCAAAAAAAGUUCUUGGGCAAAGUAACCAAUAAAAAUGUUAUAAAAUUAUUUAUCCAUGAACGCAAUGCUAAUAUUCUGGAUAACUUAUAUCGACUUGCCAAAAUUUACACGGGAAAUAAGAAAGAAUCCGAAAAAUUGACAAAAAAUAUUAUCAAAAUAAUCGUCAAAUUAAGUAUUUUAUAUAGAAAUGAUCAAUUUGACAGUAAUGAAUUGGAAUUAGCAAAUAAUUUUAAAGAUAAAUUUAGAGAAUUAACUAUGAUUGCUUGCCAGACAAAAUAUUUUACACGUUUAAAAAUUAUGUCAACGAAACUUGAAGUAGAAAACGAAGUAGCUGUCAACGAUAAUAACAAAUCACAUGUUCAUAAUUUUCAAAUCAGACCUACGCACAAUCAAAAAUUCAAAACACAUUUGGCAAAAGAAGCUAUUCAAGAAACUCUUUUGAAACAUCUAAAAGAUAAAGAGUAUAGUCAAAUUCAAGCUGAAGUACUUAGCAAAACUAUUGCAAGUGAAAUCAAGGAUAGACUUAAAGAUCAGUGUUUGGAUACCCGUUACAAGUUAAUGGUACAAGUUGUUUUGGGUGAACGACACGGUGCUGGUACAAAAGUUGGUGCUCGUUGUAUUUGGGAUGCUGAUACUGACACACAAGCUUCUGAUCAAUUUUUGAAUGAAACUAUAUUUUGUAUGGCAGCUGUGUUUGCUGUGUAUUUUUAUUGAUAAAUCAAAUGCAUAGUUUAUUUUAAUUUGGUAAUCUUGGAAAUAUAAUAUCAAGCAUUAAAUUAAACAAAUUUAAUAUUUUGAUCAUCAUGUCUAACGAAGAGGUUGAUAAUGUUUGGGAUGAUUUUAUAAAUUUACCUGCAGAUCCUCCUGAAAUGCGCCAAAUAUGUUUGUCAUGCGA